UCCCACCAACCAAACACCAGGUGGCACAGACAGAGGGAUAGAACAGCCACAACAGGCAUAUCCAGUGAAGGAGCAGAGGACCGGGAGGAUGACCGAGCAGCAGGGUGCCCCACAGCAGCUGGCUGCAGGGAAGAGCCAGGGAGGAGCCGGGGCGUCCUAUAAGGUGAUGCUGUUUCAGUUUGAAAAUUUCCAGGGCAAAAAGGCAGAGUUUUCAUCUGAGUGUAAAGAUGUAAAUGAGAAAGGUCUGGAAAAGGUGGCAUCUGUGAUUGUGGAGUCAGGCCCCUGGGUUGCCUACGAUCGCCACGGUUUCAAAGGAGAGCAGUUCAUUUUGGAGAAGGGUGAAUAUCCGCGCUGGGACACUUGGACCAACAGUCAGAACAGUCACUUCCUGCUCUCUCUCAGACCUCUCAAAGUGGACAGUGCUGACCACAAGCUCCACCUGUUUGAAAAUCCUGGAUUUUCUGGACAGCAGAUUGAAGUGGUUGAUGAUGAUGUGCCCAGUCUUUGGGGGCUUGGAUUCAAAGAUCGAGUAGCGAGUGUAAAGGCCCUCAAUGGAACAUGGGUUGGCUACCAGUAUCCUGGCUAUAGGGGGCGCCAAUUUGUUUUUGAGCGGGGAGACUUCAAGCAUUGGAACGACUGGGAAUCGCCCACCCCUCAGAUCCAGUCGGUGCGACGUGUGCGAGACAUGCAGUGGCACAAGAGGGGCUGCUUCAUCCCCCUGGACCCCUCUCCUGCUCCUGUCCCAGAUCCUGAUCCUGCCCCUGUCCCACCCCCUGCACCCUCUGCCAAAGCAGGACACCCCUAAUCAUACACCUGUCCCACCUGGAGACCACUGCCCUCUGAGAUGCCCUGUGCCUGCCCUCUGCUCCCAUUCUAACAUGACGAAAUGCUGCUUAUGCCCCGUGAGGAGUGCUAUGUUUUGAAUAAAAGCUGUCUGACCUUC